ACAGGUGGGGGCGUGUCUGUCCACUCUGAACUGCUCGCGGGUGAAAUAUUUGUAUAAAACCUGUAAUUUCUGUUUUUGUUUUUCUGCAGAAGCGUUUGAAAUGCUGAAAGACGCUGAGAAAAAGGGUGCGGAGAUUGGUCCCACCGCCUUUGACCACCUGAUCCGCACCCUGUUGUCUCAGGGAUUCAUUGAAGACGCCAUGGUUGUAAAGAAAAUGGCAGAGGCUCAGGUUCCGGGCUUCAAGCUGAGCGACAUUGCUAGCAGUUUGUUGAUCGUCUCUCACUGCAAGAAAGGCCAGGCUAAAGAGGGUCUCGAGAGGAUGAAGGCCAUGAUUCAGUUGGACCAAAUUCCCUUCAACCUCGCCAUCACCAGGUUGGUCCAGACCCUGGGGAGCCAAGGCGACGUGGCGGGGAUCCAGGAGGUGCAGUCGCUGGUCAACAGCCUCGGAACAAAUCUCAACCUGUCCUCCAUGGUGUUUGUCAACAACACCGCCUUGGCACACAUCAAAAACGGCGAUGUGGAUGCAGCCGUGGAGCUGCUGGAUGGAAUCUACACCGCUCCGAACUCCACCAACCCCAGCAUGGCCUUCAUCUUCAGAAAGCUCCUGGAGUCCGGCAACGACCAAGCUCUGGACAAACUGAGCGCCAUGGCAGAGCGUCUAGCCAAUCACUUCGCCUGCUACAGACCAGCUUCGGAUCUCUUCCUGCAGCUGCUGGAUCUGGAUAAAGUGGAGGAUGCUAAAUUCAUGCUGGCAGUGAGUAUCAGUGAAAGAGCAAAGAUAAACAUGAAGUUUAAUCCAUCAGGAGUAAAAUAUAGUUAAACAAACAGGCCCUGAUAAAACAUUGAUAAGUUAUGAAUAUGAAAGAUCAUAAAAGUCUUCUUUCAGGUUUAUUUGAUUCUAUUAAAGACACUUUUAUGAGAAUGACGGCUCCACGGUUUAGCCGAAAGCUCUGUUUCUGGAAAAGUCCCGCCCCUUCAACCAUCUCCGCCAAUCAUUCUAGGAUGCUUAAUCAUAUGUCAUCAGUCUGACCAAUCAAAAAGUGGUUAACGUCCUCACUUCCUUGUUCUGGUUCGGUCCAUGAAAUCUCUCCGUUCCAACAAAAUUAAAGCUAAAUCUCGUGUUUAGCGGUGUAGCUUCUCCUAGAAAAAAGUGAACGAAUUAAUGAAGCAUCUGUGUCAGUUUAAGCACUACAUCUCCCAUGAUGCAUUGGGUUAAAGUUACAGCGUCUCUUUACGUCUUUGGUCCAAGUCAUUUUUCUAACUAAAACCGUUUUCUAAUAAUGUCUGGAUGAAGAACAAAUUCAGUUUCAGACUUUUGAGAAAUUUGAAGUUAAGUUUAAAUUGAAGUAAUAACAAAAUAAAAGACACAGCGUUCAGGUUUAGUGGUCUAGAGACUCAUUUAAACUAAAAGGAGGCCAUUGAUUCAACCAAAAAGACAAAUCAAGGUUUGCUAAAGUUAACUUCUUGAUUAAGAUGAAAGAAAAACGAAUAAAAUUUCAACAUUUUCACUUUUUUAUAGUUAAACUGAAAAUGUAAAAUGUGUAAAAUGUAUGAAGCAUCCUGUGAUCAUUUAUUUGUAUAAAAACUAUAGUUACUCUGGAACAAACAUUUAAAAAAAAUAUUUAAAAAAUAAAUUACUGUUUCGAAAGAAUAUAUAAUUGUUUUUAUUCGUUUUUUCUGAUGUUAUAUGACUUUUCACAUGAAUAUACUGGAGGGAAAAAAACUAAUUUAGCAAAUUUUCAACUAAUUUAGUUAAAAAUAUAAUUGACAACAUUUAUUACAACAUUUUGGAAAAACAGAUGCAACUUCCAGCCUUUCGUGCCUCAAUUAUUACAAAACUGAGAUUGUGGAGAGACUAAAUAAAUACAGAGUUUCUCCUUUUUUUUACAUUUUUAAAUACUAGUUUGGCGUGUGAUUUUUGGCACAAAAGAGGUUGAAAAUCGCUGCUUUAUAGGAGCAAAAUAAAUUAUUUGAAAGUAAUGCGAGAAACUACAGUUUUAUUUCUGUUCCAUGUUUGGUAUAAUUUAUAGUUGACGUCUUAAACUUUAUCAGACAAUUUUUUUUUUUUUUUUUU